GGGGUGUCCAGCAGCGAGGGCCAGAGGAAGGCAGACAGAGACAGAGAGAGACACAGCAAAGGAAAGACACAGACGGAAAGAACGAGAAGGACCCCAAAAGGGCAAGGACCCCAGAACUCAUCCACGAAGCUGCAGCGGCAGCUGGAGCCAGCUCUGGGCGAAGUGCUGCCUGUCUGUCCCCAUGGGCCAACGUGGGCCAUGGCUGCACACUUCUCUCCUCUGGGCCGCGGUGGCCAGCCUGCUCCUCCCUGCUGCCAUGACCCAGCAGCUGAGAGGGGCUGGGCCGGGCCCCAGCAACUGGAACAACAAUGCGGGAGUCCUGGGGCCCUCAGAGGACAUGUCAGGCGAGUUUGGGCACCCCAUCCACAGCCACAGAGGCCAUGGAGAUGAGGAGGAUGUUUCUACAGAGAGCAAGUAUCAAUUCCGGAGCCACAGAGACCACGGAGAAGAGAAUGAAGAUAUUUCCGGGGGACACAGGCACAGACCCCGAGACCACAGGUACCAAGACCACGAGGUCAGAGAUGAGGAUGUCCCCGAUGAGGAGGUCUUCACAAAGCAUGCUCAGCAAGCCCAUGGGCACAGAGGCCACGGGAAUGAAGAUGUGGAUGAUUCAGCUGAGCAUGGGCACCACGUCCCUAGCCACAGAGGCCACAGCCAUGAGGACGAGGACGAGGAUGACAUUGUGUCGAGUGAGCAUCACCGUCAUAUCAUCAGGCAUGUCCAUGAAGGCCACGGAGAAGAGGAUGAUGAGGAGGUAGAGGAAGGGGUUGUCUCCACGGAGUAUGGACACCAGGCCCACAGGCACAGAGGCCACAGGAAGGAAGAGGGUGAGGAUGCCUCCGAUGAACAUCCCCAUCACGUCCCCAGCCAUGGACACCAAGGCCAUGGAGAAGAAGAAGACGAAGAAGAAGAUGAUGAUGAUGAUGAUGUCUCCACAGAGUACGGACACCACACCCACAGUCACCUAAGCCAUGGGAAGGAGGAGGAUGAAGACGUCUCAGAUGAACAUCCUCAUCAUGUCCUCAGCCAUGGACACCGAGGCCAUGGAGGAGAAGAAGAAGAAGAAGAAGAAGAAGAAGAAGAAGAAGAAGAAGAAGAAGAUGAUGAUGUCGUCUCCACUGAAUAUGCACGCCACACCCACAGGCACCAAAACCACAGGAAGGAAGAGUAUGAAGACGUCUCAGAAGAACAUCCCCAUCAUGUCCCCAGCCAUGGACACCGAGGUCAUGGAGAAGAAGAAGACAACGACGAUGAUGAUGACGAUGAUGUCUCCACUGAGUAUGGACACCAGGCCCACAGGCACGGAAGCCAUGGGAAGGAGGAGGAUGAAGAUGUCUCAGAUGAACACCAUCAUCAUAGCCCCAGUCACAGACACCGAGGCCACAGAGAAGAAGAUGAGGAAGAGGAUAUGUCCACUGAGUAUGGACACCAGGCCCACAGGCACAGAGGUCAUGGAGGUGAAGAAGAUGAGGAUGAGGAUGUGUCCACUGAACACUGGCACCAGACUCCCAGACAUACUCACAGCCUUGGAGAGGAGGAGGAGGAGGAAGAGGAGAUCACAGUCAAGUUCAGCCACCAGGUUGCAAGCACCCAACCACAAGGCCACAAGAGCACUGAGGAGGAGGACAUUCCAGAUGAAUAUAAAUCAGCAGUCCCAGACUAUCACCACCAUGAAGUCCCCAAGGAGGAAGAUGAGGACAUCUCUGACAGGCUUGGCCACCAGGCUCCCAGCCACAGGCAACAAGCCCACCAAGAUGAAGGAACUGGCCGCAGAGGAUCCAUAAAAGAUGAGAUUAGCCACCAGCCCCCAGAAUACAUGGGGAUCAAGGAUAGAAGGCACCUGAGGGAGAGAGAUUCUAAGGAGGAAGAGGAGAAGGAAGAGGGCCACAGCUCCCAUGAGGAAGAUGAUGAAAGUUCAGAACAGGGAGAGGAACACACCCACUUUGGCAGCCUGGACCAGAAGGAUGAAGAAGAUGAGGAGGAAGGUCAUGGCCUCAGCCUGAGUCAGGAGGAGGAGGAGGAGGAAGAAGAGGAGGAGGAGAAGAGGGAAGGGAGGGCUGAGGUUCAGGCCCCACUGAGCCAAGACCAGCAGGAGGAGGAAGAGGAGGAGGAGGAGGAAGGGCUGGAGGAAGAUGAGCUCCCCUUCACCAUCAUCCCCAACCCACUGGCCAGGAGGGAGGUGGCUGGAGGUGGUUCCAGUGAGGAGGAAAGUGGUGAGGACACUGGUCUGCAAGGUGCCCCGGAGUAUGGGAACUAUCAGCCGGGGUCUCUGUGUGGCUACUGCUCUUUCUGCAAUAGAUGUACUGAAUGUGAGAAUUGUCACUGUGACGAGGAAAACAUGGGAGAGCACUGCGACCAGUGCCAGCACUGCCAGUUCUGCUACCUCUGCCCGCUGGUCUGCGAAACUGUCUGCACUCCAGGAAGCUACGUCGACUACUUUUCCUCCUCCCUAUACCAAGCCCUGGCGGACAUGCUGGAAACUCCGGAACCCUGAGCCGGCGGCGCGGCUGCGGCGCAGACGCACCUCCCUCGCCCUCCCACCCCUAUCCACGAGCCAUAUUUAUUGAAUUGAAGACGAAUAAACGUGUUCCCCGAAACCUCA